CAGAAAUGGGGAGUUUAGGAAAGUGCCUGACUUAGGAAAUUGAAAUCACCUGGACACCGUCGUUACCUUGAUCAUCUUUAAACUUCCAUACCCCCUUAGUUAAUGCUCAUCUUCUCAGAAUAAGGAAUUUGAUAGCAAUGUCCUUUAGUGGCCAGUAUCGGAUCAGGCUCUGGAGUGGACGCCCCCGGCGGAGGGGUCCUCUGGUCGGCCAGAGAUUUACGGCAGCGGUUAGAGAUGGCGGCUGGACCAGGGGGCUGGGUUGCGCCGGCGUUUGGCCUGCGGUUGCUGUUAGCGACUCUGCUUCACGCGGUGUCUGCCUUCAAGGCAGAGUUUUCAUCAGAAGCAUGCAGAGAAUUAGGCUUCUCUAGCAACUUGCUCUGCAGCUCUUGUGAUCUUCUUGGACAGUUCAACCUACUUCAGCUGGAUCCUGAUUGCAGAGGAUGCUGUCAGGAAGAAGCACAAUUUGAAACCAAAAAGCUAUAUGCAGGAGCUAUUCUUGAAGUCUGUGGAUGAAAAUUGGGGAGGUUCCCUCAAGUCCAAGCUUUCGUCAGAAGUGAUAAGCCCAAACUAUUCAGAGGACUGCAGAUCAAGUACGUUCGUGGUUCAGACCCUGUGCUAAAGCUUUUGGACGAUAAUGGGAACAUUGCCGAAGAGCUAAGCAUCCUGAAAUGGAACACAGACAGUGUAGAAGAAUUCCUGAGUGAAAAGUUGGAACGCAUAUAAAUCUUGCUUACAUUUUGUCCUGUCUUUUUGUUAUCAAAUGAAAUAUUGCAGCACCUAGAAAAGAAUUUACUCUUGCUUGCUUCCAUUAUUUUACAGCGGGGCAUUAAACAUAACUAAAAGUUAAAGUGGCAGUACAGUCCAUGACAUCUAAGGAGCUAACACAAUUAACAAAACUCGUAUUUUAAUAAAUUUCUGUUAUGCAUUUGUUGAUACCACUAACAGAAGUGCUUUGUAACAGUUUUGUGGUUAAUUAUGCAAAUGAU